AUGGACUUGUCAAUGAGGAGUAAAUUUUAAAUAACAUGGAUUAUUAUUUGUUGUUUAAUUCUUUGACGUGUCUACUAUGUCACAUUGUCUGUAAAAUGACGUGAUAAUUUUUAAUUACUUCACAACAGCCGCAAAAUACCAAGAUAUUUGGAUAAAACAACUCCAGGAAAUGUUAUCGAGGUCUACAAGUUAGCUCUCAAGACUUUAUUUAUUUUUUGUUUGCCAAAAGACAAGUAAAAUAUCACAAAAAUGAGGCGAUCACAUUCUGGUGAGAGGGCUGGCUACAGCUACGAGCCUUUACCAACAUCCUCAGGGAGUCAUUUGGAGCAAGAGAAUGAGCGACUGGAGGAGGAUCUCAGCGAUAAAAUUCAUGCGUUGAAAUCAUUAUCUAUCGACAUUGGAACUGAGGUCAAAUAUCAGGAUAAAAUCUUGAGAGACAUGGAUGAUGAUUUUGAAAGAACAAGUGGCUCACUAACGUCUUCAGUAGCUCGAGUUAUUAGAAUGGCCAAAGCUGGACACAAUUACUACAUAAUAUAUUUAUUUUUAUUCUCUAUUUUUGUCUUCUUCGUAUUAUGGAUUGUAUUAAAAUUCCGUGGGUAAAUUUAGUAAUUUUAAUCGUAAUUAUAAAUCAAAGAUAAGUUAUAUUAAUUUGUAAGCUGGAUAUUUGUAAUAAAACUUAUGUAAAUAUAUAUAUUUUCUUUUAAUUAGAAUGAAUUAUCCAUGUAAAGAUAACUUUUUCUACUUCUUGUUUAUCAAUUAGUAGAAAUACCGACCUAGAUUUACUGAUUGUUGCAUAAAUAUUAUCUGUGAGUACUUCCUAUUGCUAUUACUCACAUUUCUGCUAACUUUUUACUCGCCAGAAUGCUUAGAUUUAACGAUUCAAUUAAAAAAAAAAUUGUACAACAAAUAAUGACACUCAAAAGUUGUUUUUU